CCCUCCCCCUCCCCCCACAUAACCUCAAGGCUAUAUAAUGAGUGCAAUCGGCCAUUGUUGGGGCCAAAAAGCUCUUACGCGGACAAUCUACGUUCCCUCCCGGUCGGCCGCAUCUCUCCGAGCCAUUUCUCUCGCGACAGCGCCAACAUACCCUCCCGCAAAUCGGUUUAGAGUGACAUCGCACCCCUCAUGAUCCGGUUCCCCACCGAUCGCGAUGGCUGGCGGCUCGACAUCAUCUCACUGCUAGCGGUGCUGGGCGAGUCGGCGAUGUUGCGGCACUCGUUGCCGAUGACCACGAGCUGGCUGUGCAUGCUGCCCCGCCUCGUGCCUGCCCCGCAGGCGCUGUUGACCAACAAACGGCCAGACCGGCCGAAACCGCACCGCGCACACAUCGCGGGAAUCCACUCCGGCGUGGUGUACGACGAGCUCAACUACUUCGCCCACCUGCUCUGCGACAUCCCGCUGUCGAAGUUUGCUGUGCGCGAAGUGAAAAUCCGGCGCGCUCCCGACAACCGUCGGGACGCCGACGUGGAAGGCACCCCGGCGGCGCGGGAACUCGCAGCCGCAGCCAAAGCCCCGGCGCUCGGGCUCCUCCGCCGACGCUUCACGACUACGGACAUCUGGGGCCCGCGGUUCCGCGACUCGGUGACGAUCGUCACGCCGCAGCGCCUCUCGCCGCUGGUAUUCCUCUCGGUGGGCUCGUGCCUGCUGACGCUGGGGCUGCUCGCGUGGGCGGCGGUGAUUGGCGACGGCGUCGCCGUGAUCGCCAUCGUCGCGCUGUCGUUGACCUCGUCGCUCACGGGCAUGGCGUCGUUCUGGCGGCCGCGCACGAUCGCGCGCCAGGUGCUGCGCGACGUGCCCGACGGCGACCUGGCGCUGCGCACGCGCCACGGCGCCUUCAUGAUCAUCCGCUGCGACGAGAACGUGGCGCGCGAGCUGUACACCGGCACCGAGGAGUGCGAGUACUGGAUCGGCGAGAAGAUGUUCAACGCGCUGGCGGGCGCCGCCACGUUCCUGCUCAUGGUCGGCGUCGUGAUGAUGGGGAACUGCACGUGGACCAUGCAGGCGGCGCUCGGCGCCUCCUACAUGCUGCUCAAUGGCUGCUACCAGCUCGCGGCCCUGCUGCCCGAAACUUGGUUCUGGGACUUUUCGCGCUAUGUGGUCGACGAGGGCGUGCCACACGAGACCAAGACCUACACCAGCGCGCUGUGGAAGGCGAUCCAGGUCUCCAAGAGCACCGGGUGGGUAACAGUGAUGCAGGCCGCCCCCGUAACGGAGCCCUGGAGGAAAUGGCUCGUGGAGGCGGGGCAAAACAUCGAGAACAAAUCCUGGAACUCCGGUUUGCGCCUGGUACAACUCAUGAAGGAAGAGGUGCAACCGAAGGGACAAUGAGCCUAAGAAGGAGGGCGAAUACGGUAGCCAGGCGCUGAAACCGGCUCAGAUUGUCAACGGGGUAACUCCGAGCAGUGCAUUUGGGGGAGGAGUGCUGUUCGCGGAUGUGAUACCUACCGGCGGCAUGAUUUGGAAUGAUUGAAUGAAAUGAAAAUGUACAGGAGUUUUCCUAGAUACCUAUUUUGUUUUCGAG